GCAGGUAUGAAAUUCAUUUUUGUAAUUUGUAUUAUGUUUAUAAAUAGAACAAUUUGAAUAUUCAUUAGAUAUUUAUUAUUUACUAAUAUCUUGUAAAUUUCACUCUAAAUAAUAACAGGAAGAUUUUUGGAGGCAAAAUAUCCUACGUUGUUUUGGACACCAUGUGCAGCGCACUACUUGGAUUUAAUGUUGAAAGAUAUUUUCAAGUUGCCUAAUAUGAAGAAGACAUUUGAGAGAGCUGUUAUGGUGAAUAGCUAUAUCUAUACUCGUUCGGGUCUAGUAAACAUGCUUAGAAGGUUUACUGACAAGAAAGAGUUGUUGAGGCCUGCAAAAACUUGGUUUGCAACUGCCUUUAUCACUUUGGGCAGGAUGCAUGGUCUGAAAAGCAACCUUAGAAGGAUGUUUACCUCCGAGGAGUGGAUGACAAGCAAGUGGGUAAAAGAAGCCGAGGCUAAAAAGGUUGUAGAAGUGAUUUUGAUGCCUUCAUUUUGGAACAAUGUUGUAUAUGCUUUAAAGGUGGCUGGUCCAUUGGUGCGUGUAUUGCGCUUAGUGGAUGGUGAGAAGAAGCCUGCUAUGGGAUACAUAUAUGAGACCAUGGAUAGGGCCAAAGAAGCGAUUGCUAACUCUUUUAAUGGGGAUGAAAAGAAGUAUGCACCCAUUUUUCAGAUCAUUGAUAAUCGAUGGGAUGUUCAACUUCAUCGCCCCUUGCACGCAGCUGGUUGGUACUUGAACCUAGAAUAUUUCUACAAGGCUAAACGUAUAGAUCCAGAGAUCAUGACUAGCUUAUAUGAAUGCAUUAGAAAGUUAAAUCCAGAUGUAAAGGUUCAAGACCAAAUUGAUGCUAAGCUUUCGAUGUAUAACAAUGCAGAUGGGUUCUUUGGAAACUAUAUGGCUAUUAGAAAGAGAGCUGAGAAAUCACCAGCUGAAUGGUGGGCUUCAUAUGGAAUGUCAACACCCAUGUUGCAAAAAUUUGCAAUUAAAAUUCUUAGCUUGACUUGUAGUUCAUCUGGGUGUGAACGUAAUUGGAGUGUGUUUGAAAAUGUAAGUGCAUUGUAUAUAUAACACUUAACAAUUUUUAUUAGUAGUUGGUUUGUUUCAUGUAGCUUAUUCUUAGUAUGUUUUUGCAUAAAUUGUUGUAGCUUCAUACUAAACGGAGAAAUAGACUUGAUCAACUUCGUUUAAACGACUUGGUGUUUGUGAAAUACAAUAGAGCAUUGAGGCGUCGGUAUCAAAUGCGUGAUACCAUUGACCCUAUCAUAUUGACCGACAUUGAUGAAAGCAAUGAAUGGUUGACUGGAAAACUUGAUGAGGAGAAUGAUAAAGAUGAUGAAACUA